CGGAAGCAAUUGUGUGGAAAAGGAAUUGGCGCAUAUUUGGAGUUUGAUCGUACUUUUGGCCUAAAGCAGCCAUCACUGCCUUUCACUCUUCUCUUUCCAUUUCGUUUGUUCACUUGGUUCCACCGCCACCCCUAGUUGUGGCUCGAGGGGUAAGUUCUAUUGCUACGGGUCUGGUGACCAGCUGUCGGCCCAUAUACUCAUAUGUCAUGACUUCUUAGUCGGCUCCGAGCUUGACAGCGUUCAUUCAUAUGAACUGAACGACCACGACGACCAUUGUAUUCCGCCGUUCCUUACAUCCAUGCUAUCGACCAUCACCAAGGCAUCCAAGAUGCCUAUGUCCAAGACAGAGAUGAUUGCCCACAUGUCUACGAAACUAUCAAACGAGUAUUGGAUGCUCAUCUUUGAACAGCUCGAUACCCACGAUCUUUUCAAUGUAAUCUGUACAUGCCGCAAGUUCUACCGUCUAGCCCUCAGGGCCCUCUAUCGUAACCUUCUCUUCAUGGAUUUCGGCUACUUCCAGCAGAAUGCUUCAUUUUGGGAGGGACGGGCGGAUAACAUGAUCGAGGUGCCGAGGGCGCUAGUACUCUGCGCGUUGAAACGUGGCAAGAUUGACCCGUUCUCUCCACCUUGUUACGGGCGUGUGUCUUACGAUGUCCUCAAUCGUAUUACUGGCUACCCGUCGCUACAGAAGGUCGAAAUAUGCGCUUCGUCUCUCAGUCCCAACACAUUCUACUCUACCAUUCUGCAACUCCCACGUUUGACACGCCUAUCCCUUGUUGAUAACAUAUUCGACGUUCUAUCUAUGUCCUCGCCAGAUGGCGAAGCCAUCCUUGCCCAGCUUUCUGCGCUACCUUUAACCUACCUUACCCUCCUCGGAAAUGUCGCUGUCGGGCCCCGUCGUCAUGAAAGAACCCGAUACCAUUUCCUUCAUCUGGCAACAGCAAAGACCCUCCGUGUUUUACACAUUGACUGGGACGUGGAGUCGUCCGUGUUCCUUGCUAAAAAGACUUUGGGAUACGAUGGAGAGCCAUUCGACAUACCUGAAGUUCUUGAAACUGUCGAGCUUUGCAUCAAAAGUGGUACCUCUUCCCCACCCGCCGCAUCGCCCAACAUCUCUCUCCUUCAUGCUUUUCUCCGCCAAAGCGGGCACCACAUCAAGACAAUGAAAGUGAUAGGCCAGUUGGAUGUUCGUUUCAAAGUUUCUGGCGAUGCGUUGCCUAAACUGGAAGAAUUCGGAGGAAACCCAUGGGCCACUGUAGCCUUUCUGAACAGUUCAAGACCUAUCAAGCACCUCCAUAUCUGCGAUAUCGAUCAGCAGUCUUCAAAUUCCGCGCUCAUUCCCCUUCUAACCGCAGUCGCCAAAGACAAGCCAGAUCUUCAAACCCUUGAUCUCUUUGUUUCAACAUGGGAUCUAGAGAUUAUGCAUGCGAUCAAGCAUCUCUUCCAUGACCUUCGUGAUUUGAGAAUCAAAUAUCAGCGCGGAGGACCCACUGAGAAUACCCUUGUGGGCCUCGCAUCACAUUUCUUCGGCAGAUUUGCCAAUCUUUCGACAGUCCAUGUAUAUAGGAUUCAGUGGUGGCCCCAGCCACUUACUCGGAGGUAUAAAUGGUACAACCGGCGCCUUCUCAUGCCCUCUCCGCCACCGCGGUCCAGAGUUCCUGCCGCUCCACCGCCCGAGGUCGUUCAGAAUCCCGUUGGUUUGGUACAGCCAUGGAACAGAGAAUGCAGGAUGCUAAAGGAAGUCCAAUUUGACAGCAAAAAUGUGCUGAGGCGCGUUUCGGAUGGAGACCCCUGGGCGAAGCGUCAAGUACAAAGAAGAUGCCUUGGAUGGGAUGAUCUUGAGAUAGAUGCGGAGUAUCUGUACGAGCAGAGGGAGCAUUUUGAGUGGCAGCUGUUGGAUUUUGCAGAGACGUUUACCGCUGCGGAUUUGGUGGUUCUAUCUAUUUGAUCUGCAUAACAUGACUUAUGCCUUUAUGAAUACGCUUAGACUUUUUUAUUAGAGUUUCUAGCUAAUACUGAAGUACUGUAACCUAAAUAAUUGGCAUAUUCUUUCCACCCCCCAAUAUGAUCGAGUUGAAUGGCCGGGGCCGUGCGCACGGUCCUUGAUCACCCUUAUUUAAUUCU